AUGACAGAGGAAGAGAUAGAGAUCAAAAGGGCUAAGGAUAGAGCAUACUAUCGGAAAAAGAAAGCUGAGAAGAAAGUUAAAAACAUUUCUGAGAUGACUGAAAGAGAAAAGCGAAAGCAAAGAAAAAUUUGGAAAGAAGCGUCAAAGAAAUACAGAGAAAAGAAAAAGACAUUAUCAACUAUACUAAACAAUACUCCGCCACAUUCCGAUGAUGAGUUAGCUGCAACACCUUCAGUAAGAAAAACAGUGGGUAGAAAAAUUGUGCGGAAGGACAGAGCCAAAGCAUAUCGUAAAAUCAAACAACAGGAGAAAACAAUUGCUAAAAUUACACGUAAAUAUGAAACCUUGAAGAAAAAACUAAGAAGAAAAGAAAAUAGAGAACAGGAGAAAUCUCAGCCACCAACAACUCCUAACAGCAAGGUUGACGCAUUGAUAAAAAAUGUUGACGUCCCUCCUGAGGUGCGCAAGAAUCUUUUAUUUAACGAAGUACUGACUACGCAAUUAAAAGAAAAAGCUGGUAGUUUGAAAAAAAACUCUAAAGAGAAUGAAGUCUUCCAAAAAUGUGUCAGCGGUGAUUUGGUAAGGAAAUACAAAUUGCUUCAUAUGGUUAAGACUUUUUUGCCAAAAGAAAGAACCAGUACAUCGAUUUUGAAGUCGGAUACCAAAAUUCGUGAGGUUGUGUUGAAGCACCAUAUUCGUCAAAAAGUUGAAGAUUUCUUCCAGAGUGACGAUAUCAGUAGGAUGUGCCCAGCUAAGAGAGAUUUUGUGAAAAAAACGGCAUUAAGGAACAAAAACGCAUCCUUUUACUUCCUGUUAAAGAACUGAUGUCAAAAUUCGUUAGCGAAACUGGAAUAAACUUGUCUUAUACGACAUUAUUAAGAGCAAAACCAUUUUGGGUGGUAUCUCCAAAAUUAAGAGACAGACAAACUUGUUUGUGUGUCAAACACGAAAAUUAUUAAUUCAAGCUGAAAAAAUUAAAAAGCUUACACCAAAUUGCUCAAGGGAGUGUAGAGAAAAAUAUCGAGGAGUAUAGUUGCGACAUAACUUC